GUACAAUUACCCGACCAGGCUGAGCCCACAACUCUAUGGCCAACAUGCACGUGGUCAGAUGUGACUGCAAAUUACGCAGGCAAUUUUUUCCGGGCCGAAGGGGAGGGUAGCCUAGCGUUUGGUACGGGUGCUCAGGCACAGAGUGGGCCCCGACUGUCGGCCGUAUACAGCAAUCAUAACGUGGGCAUGAAUUUUAAUAUCAAUAUUACGGCUGGUGUUUGGAGUGACUAUAUCUAUACCGGCGCCGAUAAUAAAGACCAUAAUGUUAAUUCAUUAAGGUUUUUUGAAGUGCUCGAUGAAGUGCGCCCACCCAAGCUCAUUACAUCGGAAAAUGUGUGCGACGACGGGUCGGACAUAUUUCACGACGAUUACUACGACAUAUGCUAUAAAUACUAUUCAGGUGUCGCUGAUUAUCACAAAAUGGUCAUAGAGUGCAACGCUCUAAACGACUCAUCCCUGCCCACCAUAAAUUCAAAAGCUGAGCAAGAUUUUUUAAUCAACAUGAUGAUCAAAUACAAAAUGGUAGAGAGUGUAUGGCUGGACGCCAGCAUCAAAGACAAACACAUUGUUUGGUCCGAUAGGAGUAGUGGUGAAUACGAGAACUGGAUGUCCGGCCGACCCGUCAAUAAUGACAACUGUGUGGAAAUGUUGGCCGACGAAGUGAAUCGUGGUAAAUGGGAAGAUCAACCAUGCACAAAGUUAAAUGGCUACAUAUGCAAGCGUGUGGUAAUGUGGUCGGAUCAGGAGACGGCGCGUUUGAUCAGGGACGAACGUAGAAGCCUGGAUGCGGCGAUUAGUAAAAUCAAUCAGAUGGAAAAGGAUCUAGGUGCCAAAAUCACCCAGUUGGAACAGACCCAGGUGCCUAUUGGCUUUUUAUACGUACAACUGCCUGACCAGGCUGAACCCAAAACACUAUGGCCCGCAUACACGUGGUCCGAUGUGACGGCCCAAUACGCGGGUCAGUUUUUCCGGGCCGAAGGCGUCAAAAACGGUAGCCUAGAGUUUAUGGAAAGUGCCGGUGAAAUACACCCCCGGAAUCAAGCGGUGCGUUUGUUUAAACGUACCAAGUAA